AAAAGACGAUGCGCCUUACGUUCACCGAAGGAUUGAGUCCGUCAGAGGAACCUCUAGUCGUUACUUUGUCUGUCGAUGCAUCUCCAGGCUGUGGUGGGAUCGUCUGGCCCGCAGGACAGAUCCUGUCCAACUAUCUCGUACGAACACUCCGCUCGUUCCUUCAAGGUAAAACGGUUCUUGAGCUCGGAAGUGGUACCGGCCUUGUAGGAAUCGUCGCAGCAAAACUUGGCGCAAAGGUCUACGUUACAGAUCAAGCCCCGCUGUUAGAUAUCAUGCGACGCAACGUCCUGAGAAACAAUCUCGCUUCGUCCUGUACUGUCUCCGAACUCAACUGGGGAGAACCGACACCCGCUGAUAUACCCGCUCCGGACGUGGUUCUCGCAGCGGACUGUGUAUACUUCGAACCAGCAUUCCCACUCCUGGUACAAACACUCUGCGACAUUUACGAGAACAAGCCCGAAAUACUCUUUUGUUACAAGAAAAGACGAAAGGCUGACAAACGAUUCUUUGCGAUCUUGAAGAAAAGCUUCUCAUGGGAACAGGUGAUACUUUGCUGCUAGUUUUCUACUUUGAUCUAAGCUCUCUUGGAUUCCAGGUUAUGGAUGAUCCAGACCGCGAAAUCUAUAACAGGGACUCCAUUACGCUCCUACGACUUUACAAGCUGAAAUGAACGGUGUCUCCGGCGGGGAUGCAAUUGAGCUCGGAGGGCAGCAACGGGUAUUCGUACAUACAUACUUCAGGAGGCCACAGGAAUCGUUUUAAUCUGAAAUAAUCGUCAACAGAAUGGAGACAUGAAAAACAAAGCCAAGCGUACCUGCAGACCAUGAAUGCCUUCUAUCUCUUGCUUCAGCGUCUCCGUCACGAGUCUAUGCUGCUUCACAAUAGGCAAUCCUUUGAAAGACUGAGAGGCGAUAGUAAUGGCAUAAAAGGUCCCGCAACCACCUAUUACAGAUAAU